UAGUCGCACUCGCACGCCUCCAGCGCUGCCACACCCGUCUACGUUCCUUCGCGUGCCAAAUCGAUUGGUUCAUAUUCGUUUAACUUUGGCUUUUGUGCAAGCGGAUGCGUAAGGACAGCCAAGUGGAAGCAGCAAGGCUGAUUCCGUAUCAGACAAGCAUGCAGACAAGUUUAAGCGCUGCCAACAGCGAUGUCAAGUGGUGAUGAAAGCAUGAAGGGAAAAACAUCCCACGACUACGAGCGGGCGGUGCCUUUUAAUGUGACUGCUUGAUUGCGCCGCUUGCGUAAUACUCCGCGUGCACAGGUGACACGGUGACACAUUUCUAACCUUGCUUCUAGACUGAACAUACCUCGGUGACGGACGCGAUGACUAUAAGCAGAACUUUAGCCUCCCUGCUGAAGCGAGCCAGUCGCCACAGAUUCACGGGCACUUCUGUCUCCUUCGUGCGCAGUAUCAUAACAUGUCAAGAUCCCAUUCGCCCGAAGGCAAUGUCAGAAGUGAUGGAAGCUCUCAAAAGUCAUGUGGGAUAUGUUGGUGAUAUAAAUAUUGAUGCCAAGAUUAUCAGAACAAGUGCCCACGCGAAGCUCCCGAAUUCCCAAGAAGAACUACCAGAACGUAGCAUGCUGGACAGCUACGAUGAGUGCAUCAUACCAGUGGCCACCUCUUCAACCAUGCAGAAGAGCCACACCUCUGGCCAAGGCUUCGUUCGUUUUGGUCGUAUUCUCGAGGACAUGGAUGAGUUUGCAGUGUGGCUGUCGUACCGGCACGUGCAGUACCCAGGCCUGAGCUUCGGCGUGCCUAUGCCCGUGAACAUGGUGACUGCUCUAGUGGACAGCAUACACAGUGAUAACAUGGAAAUUCGGCCACAACAUGACCUCAAACUCUGUGGCCACAUUUCCUGGGUUGGCAAGACAUCCAUGGAGGUCACCAUGGAGCUCCUAUCUCUGGGCCCAGAACAAGCCAGACAUUUGCUGACUGCGAAGUUUGUGAUGGUCGCUAUGCAAGCUAAUGCCUCAAAAACUGUUCCUGUAAAUAAGCUUAUACCAAGAAACGAUGAAGAAAAAGCUAUUUUUGAAGAAGGAGCAGCCAGCGUUGCACGAAGGAAAAAAUUCCAAGCAAGUGGCAUUCUCAAACAACCACCAACACAAGAAGAGAGGGAUCUCCUUCACAAGCUUUUCCUAGAAGACUUUGAUCCAGAGACAUAUAUCCUAAAAUCUGAUGAGUGCCCCAAUGGGGCCAUUUGGAUGCAGGAUGCACGGUUAACCAAUGUCAUCAUUUGUCAGCCCGAGUUUGAGAAUCUCUACAACAAGGUAUUUGGUGGCUUCCUGAUGAGAAACGCCUAUGAAGUGGCAUGGGCAACAGUUUACAUCCUCAGUGGACGUCGCCCCAAGACGUACCACACAGAUGACAUCUGGUUCCGGAAGCCAGUGGAGUUGGGCUCUCUGCUCCAUUAUGAUUCACAGGUGGUGUACACCCAGGACAACUUUGUCCAAGUCAAUGUGAAUGCAACGGUAAUCCAACCUGAGAAAGGCACAAAGGAAAUAACAAAUGUUUUCCACUUCACCUUCGGCCUCGAUGGAGAAAAUCCGGCUCCCAGAGUGAUCCCUAGGUCUUACCCUGAAAGUAUGCUGUACAUUGAAGGAAAACGGUACCUGGACCAUGCCAUGUCACAGCGACGACCUGGAGCAAGCCAGAGCCAUGGUCACAACAAAAGUAACAGCAAAAGCUAACAACACAAGCCAUGACUCUGGCCACGAAUCAAAGAGCACAUGCCAUGGCUCAAGCCAUAAUGAAUCAAAAAAAGGAACAUGAGUUCAACAACAAUACAGCAGUGUGGUCUGUGCAGGGCAACCAACACUGAACUGGAUGCUCGAGUUGAGGUUGUGAGGAUGCAUUUUACAGCAGCGAGAUGAACUCAUGGCCCAAGGGAUUUCAAUAGUGGUCACAUUUACAAUGCUGUAUACGUAUAACUAUUGCCUGUAUGCCACGUAUGCAACUAGCAAAGAGAAAGCGCUUGUUUAUUACAUGUUUGUAUUAAUACUGCAGUGAUCCUUUGGUGUCCAGAAGCACCUUACAUAAACCCAUGCAUAACAGCACUUAGCUUUUACUUAAAAGAUUCUAGAAUCUCACAACAUGCUUCCCCUUCCCAACCAGUUUUUGAAUUUCACGCUCUUGUAUGAAAAUGAAUAUAUUAAAGCACCCAUUUUAUCUCUGG